ACAGCAUAAGAAUACUUGUAUCUCCAUCACCAGAAUUUCCUUCAUAUUUUAUUUCAGCACCAGAACUGAUGUUAAAUACAACUUUCAUUUUAGAGUUCCAAAGUUUUUGUUACUGUUGUUUCAUUUCUUUUAGCUGAAUGAAAAUGUUAUUUUAAGGUAUUUUCAAAUAAUAUUGGUAAUUCACCUCACCAACCCUUUCUAUAAUUUAAAAGAGGUCUGGUAGUGAGCAGGCCUCACUAUUUAAUUUUAUUUCGUUACAAUCUAAGCUCUUCAUUAGGCAUCAGCUGUUGCCCUGUGAUAACCAGUGGUUCCUUUUCUCCCAUUAAUUGGAAAACAUAGAUGAUCAAUUAAUUGUAAUAGGGAAGUCAAUAUUUUGACAGCAUUUUAUGUCCUGCAAAAGGCAGACAGAAUCUAUUAGCAAAUUCUGUUAAUUAACAAGGGACAGACAAAUCUCCUGACUUAGUAAUUGUUUAAAAGCUAAAUAUUUGUUCCAGGACAAGUGAGUUAAUUUAAUGAGUUAGUUAAAACACAUGAUUGGGUAUCUGUGCACAGAUACAAUAAGAUACUAAGCAGUUGGCUUGCUUUUGUAGAGUAAAAUCAGAAUUUGCUUUAGAGAGAGAGGAAUAGUUUAGAUAAAGUAGAGGGUAUUUUGUUUUGAAUUUUUUUUAUUGUUUGCUGGGGUCUUCUACAUUGCAGAAAGUGAUGCUAAUUAGAUCUAGCUAAGUACUAAUAUUGUAUUAAGACAGAAGCUAAAAAGAGUUGGUAAUGAAUGAGAACUAAAAUGAGUUAUCUUACCUAUGUAUUAACCUUUCUGAAAGGGAAAGAAGUGAUUGUUGCAAAUGCAGUCAUUGCCAUCUUGACAAUUGGUGGGCAGCAACUCUUCUCCUUUUUUACAUUUAGCUGCCCCUGUCAUGUUGGGCAGAAUCUCAUUUAUGGUUUAGCUUUCCUAGGAGCCCCUGCACUGAUUCUUCUGAUUGUUGGAUAUGCGCUGAAUAAUCAGACUUGGCGGCUAGUUACAGGCAAACGCUCUUCCUUUCGAGAACUGAGUGCACGUAACAGCUUAUUGCAAUGCAAGCUUAUCUGUCUUGUCCUCUGUAAUGUCACGGGGAGAGCGCUAGUUGCUCCAGUAACAUGGCUAGCAGUCACCCUGCUGAAUGGGUCCUAUUAUGUUUGUGCAAUGAGUGAGUUUGUCUCAGUUAAUCAUUACAAAGCUUUCAUCAAUAUCACUACUAAGGAACACAAGAAGAUCCUGGCUGCUUUUCCGUGUAGCCACUUAGUUCCUACAGAGCUGAGCCGGGCAAAAGAUGAAGCAAUUCUUCUUCUUAAGUACCAGUCACAGGUGGCUGGCUGGUUCCUGAUUGCAGGGGUAGCCAUUACUGUCUUCCUGUCCUAUUGUCUGGCAAGAUGUCUCUCGCCACUCAGCUUCUUGCACCUCAAGUACUGGGCUAGUUACGUCCGUAAUGAGCAAAAACUCUUUGAAGAAGCAGCAGACCUGCACUCAAAGCUCUAUGCCACACAACACAUCAAGAAGUUCUUUGGUUUGGUCCCAGGGAGCAAGGAUUUGAAGGAAAUUCGUAUCCCUUCCUGUAAAGACUGGCGAUCCAUUUCAGGUGUUGCUAUUCUAAGAAUUGUAGAUGAAGAACAUUAUGACUACAGCCUCCUUCAUGACUGGGCAGUCAACAGCUCCACAAAUGGAAAAUAUUUUAAGAUUGAAGAAUCUAGCUCUAAGAACUCUGAGCCUCCACCAUCAACUUGAAGAAAAUGUGAAUGUCUUUUUAAUCUUACAUGAACUCCAGGUCAUCUCAAAGCAGGGGAGUUCCUAGUUUCCUCAUCUUGUUCUUUACAGUAGCACGUGCAGGUGCAUUCAGUGUUGAAUCCUGACUACACGAUCUGCUUUUAAGAGUGCUCCUUCAUAUAUUGGCCCUCUUGAGGACAUCCUUGUGAUGGGACAUGAUGCUAUACACUUGAGAUUUGAAAGUCUUCUGUGAUCUCACUCCUGAUACUGUAAGAGAAGCCAAGGGCGGGCAGUGGAAAAUGCAAACUGAAAAGCAGUAUAUUCCAGCACUUUCUCACUGUUUCUUUUUUAAAAUUAUUUACUUUUAACCCUGAUCUAUUGUCAUACUAGUGAUGACUAACUACACAGUAUUUAUCUGUUCUCCUUCCUCUCGUAUAAAAAAAAAAAAAAGAGAGAGAGCUAGCUAACUGUCCUAUACCAGUGAUUCAAUGGCAAAUAUUCUUUCCUCAUCUACAUUGCAUGUCAUUCAUAAAAUACAACACAAUGUUAAGUACAGGCUUAAAUGUAUAAUAAUGUACAGCUAUGGAUAUUGUUACUGGAGACUUUUACAGAAAAGCUUGUUGGUCACAGACUGAAAUCUUAUACUACUGACUAAAGGCUUGUUUUUCAUUUAUACUAAAUGGAGACUGCUAAAACUGGAAUGAAUAGGACAGGGGCCAUAUACUUUACUAACCCAGUGCAUUAACACUUUACAUCUGAAUUAAAGUGUUGUCUCUGACCAAAAAUGAAAAGUUCAGCCUUCUCCUCUUAUGCACACUUCUAUGCUUCUCACUUGCACAUGUGUUAACUCACUCAAUAAUGAAAUAAGGAGAAACUUUUUCUAAAUACUGUAUUUUUAUGCAUGUUCCUCUCUUUCCCCCUUUCUGUGAUGGUUGGUUUUGUGUUGUUUCCCUGGUAGUUUUGUACAAAUAAAAACAAAAAAGGGACCAAUUACUUGACAUUUGUCUUCGAUGUCAUAACAUUCACUCCUACUGGAUGCAAUGAAAGAAGGAUGCUACUUGUUGAUGCACAGAAUUUGUUAUAGAUGGGGUAGUUUAAUGUGUAGUAAGCUUUGUUAUGAAUUGUUCACCAACGACUUUGUAUUAACAUAUCUGCAAAUUCUUAUCUUGAAGGACUAGUCCCUUUUGAAAACUAGUUUGCUCUUGGCACAUAACAGAAGUAUAACUGAGGGAGGACAGGGGUGACCUGCACAGCAGGCCCUGGUGCUGACUUGGUGGGGGAGGAUUGUAAAAAUAACUGCUAGUGUCACUGGUGCUUCACAACCAGUAGCAUCCUGUGCACUGCCCCCGCUUAGGGGGGGGAGUUAGUGCAGCAUUGGUAAGUAAGAGACAUGCUUUAGGAGGAAAGUGGAGCAUGCCUGGUUGAGGGGGAGGCUUGUUUGCUUUUAUUCUGUAAGUAACCAAAAGGAGGUGGCUGUGCAAUAAGAUUUUUGUGUAUCAAAUGUAAUUAAAAAGAAAGCAGCUGAUAACACUUUUCAAAUAUGAAUGAAGAGGUGUGUUUCUUCUAGUUUUUUUUUUAUUUUUUCCAUUUCCAAGAAUUUAGUAGUAUAAAUGCAUGUAUCAGUUUCAAUGAACUUGCAAAUCACUGUCCCACACUAUAUUAGGAAAAGUUACCUUGACCAAUCGAGAAGAGACUUAUUUAAAUUUUGUGUUUUAACUUUUAAAGCGCACUUUGUUUUUCCAUUUUAAAUGAGCUUGGACAAUAAAAGCUGAUGGGUUUCAACUUCA